AUGGAAAACUUAAUUCAGCUUAUACAAAGUAAGUACUAUUAAGACAAACACUGCUGGUUAAAUAUCGCUAAGUUCUGUUCUUAUAAUUUUCUUUAGUCGUCAUGGUUUUUUUUAAGAAUUUCUUAGAAAGUAAUGGUAAAAAUCAUUAACCAGAACUUAAUUGAGGAAAGAGAAAGUGGGUGAUGUCUCUAAGAGAAGCGUGGAAGAUUAUUUACUCAAAGAAUUUUGUGGCAUUGGAGAGUUCAUUUACCCUUGGAGGUGUAUCGUGUGUAUGUGAUUUAGAUUGAUUAUUGUCCAUUGUUUUUUUUCAUACACUCUGGAAUUUGAUGGGAAAUCGCUUGGUUCAAAUUUAAUUGUCCUAUCUGGUUUUAUUGUUCUCCUUAAAAAUUGCGGUACCAAGUGCGGUGAGAUAAACACUUUGUGUUUCGUGUAUUUGCAUCUUACCGGCAAGGAACCUAUGAUCGUAGGAGAAUAAACCUAUGUUUGGAUAUAAAGAUUGAAAAAAAGCUUUGGAAAUCAAGAGAAGGCUGCUGUACUGGAUUGAGCAUUACUUUAAGAAUCUCCAGUGGAUUUGACGGCCAGUAUGCGAGUAAACAUUUGAUCCAGCUGAUCAUCUCUUCGACAGAAGACUGUCACUGUUCUGCUAUUUCCGGAGAAAUAUAUUGUUCUACGGUACAUUUUGCAUCUUAGGAUUGUUCGAUCGUUUCAGUUUACAACAGGGAUCCAUUGUUUAACAGUCUGAUCAUGCGAUUCAAGUUGAAAAGAACUUGUAAAUGUUUGGGAGCGUUAUUGAUCUGUACUAUUGUUUAUCUUUUCGUAAACUGCGGGUUUGGUGGUUGUGCGAAAUAUAAACUCGACCCCAUCCACGUGGCAAAUUCGCACCCAGAGCUCGGUGAAAUGAUCAAGAUUGAGGAUUUCUGGACACCGGAGAAGGAGAAAUACACUCCCCGAGGGCCAGGCUCUUUUGGGGAGCCCGUAGAAACAGAGGCUGGGAGUGAACACUUGAAAGAUAGUGCUUACGCGGAGUAUGGCUUUAAUCAAUAUAUUAGCGAUAAAAUUUCCUUGGAACGUCCGCUCAAGGAUACAAGGCAUUUUGCGUAAGUAUGCAACACAUUCUCUGCCUUGUUUUGUUUUGCCUUCCGUGAUCGAACUGUUUGAAAAAAUUUGGUCAAAGCCUUUGAAAAAUUAAUAAGGACUUAAUUUCGUUAGAAUAAAGAGGAACGAUUUUAACAAGACGUUGUGCUACUCUAGUCAUGUGAUGGAUGCCAGUGAUCCUGAAACAAUAUCUAAUUUUUUAUCGACAAGAAUUCAUCGCUAACUUUUUAACUCCCGCGUAUGAGUCACCAAAAAAUUCCCCUUUUUUAAAAUCUGCGAAUGUUUGUAAAUUAGUAAUGGGUUACGGGUUGGAGUAAUUUCCCUGAUAUCUUUGAGUGACCGUGAACCCACAACGUACGUGUAGUAGACAUGUAAACAUAGGAUAAAUUAUUAAGUGCAACCAAAUAUGUUCAUUACACAAAACCUAUCACUACAUGCUGCCUUAUGAUAUUAUUUCCAAAAUCCAAACAAUUCGUAGAAGUUAGGCAUUGUCUUCAGGGAAGAACUAUGUGUAAACUUGGCUUAUUGUUUAUCUUUUGAAGAUAAUGUUUUUGUUCAAAUGUAUCUUUUAAAUCUACAAUGAAAUUUCUGAGUCAGUACCUCUACUCACCCAAAAGGUAGAAAAUUCACCAGUGAAUCCCGUUGCGUUCUAAUUUAGUUCAAACCUGAGCUUCCUAGCUCAUUAGUAUUCAUAUUUUUGUCAUCUGGACUCUCUAGCCCAGUCCCCACAAGUCAAGAUAGCCCAACAUUUACAAUUCCUUGCAAACCUCUUAUCCCUGUCUGAAUGCUGUUUUCAACACCUACCUCUGCACUAUGAAAUUUUAAAUUUUUUUGGAAGUGAGGAAGCAAUUUGCUCAGAAGGCACAAAACAUCUUACUCGGUUUUUUUUGGUGUUCACUUUGUCCAUACUACUGUUGUAAACUGCCUUUAUCAAACUUGCUUCUUUGAGAAUAGUUAAUUCAAAUUCUUUAUUUUGUUGCAAUAAUUGAAGGGGUCACAUACCCACAAUGCAGUACUGCUUUCAACUUUGCACUCAGAUAAUUACUGAUUACCUCCCAAUGUGCAGCAAUUAUAAAACAUAUGGGUGCCCUCCUCCUGUAAGAGUUUCAGAUACUUGAAGCUAAGAUUGAUGGUUUUUUUAAGAAUAGAUAUAGAUCACAUUGCUAUUGUAACUUUUGUUGAGAAAACAAUCACAUCUAAUGAUUUGUUUUAUACCGUUUUUUAAAGCAACUAAGGAAAAAGCAAGGUGACAGGAAAAUGUUUUGUAGAUCUAUCAGUUAGUGAGUUUUGGAAAAAUGAAUUGCAAAAUUGCCCUAAGCCUUUUUUCAAAAUAAUUAUUUAGUUGUGUUGAAAACACUGAAUUUUUUGCCAUUUUUAACCCUCACAUCAGUAUGCACAUUCUCCAUACUGUUUACUAUACAUUUCUUGAAAUGCUGACAAGGAGAAUUCAUUUAACAAUCAAGAGCUUCUUUAAUAAGUUGGUGAUCAUUUCUUUUAUUUUCAUGACCUUAAUGUUUGAUUCAGGGGUGAUAUUGUUAAGAGAAAUUAGAUGCUAGUCUCUGUUAGAGGUCCAUUGUGGACCUGUGUUUUAUCUGAUUUACAUCUCCAUCACAAAAUUGAGGUUAUCAACAAAAAAUAAGAGUUGAAAUUUUUUGCUGAUCAUCUUUUUCAGAUGCAAAGAACGUAAAUAUCCACAUAAUCUCCCCAAAGCUAGUGUAAUCAUAGUUUUCCACAAUGAAGGUUGGUCCACAUUACUGCGAACAGUUCACAGUGUCAUAAACAGGUCUCCUCCACACAUGCUCCAGGAAAUAGUAAUGGUUGAUGAUUUUAGCGAUAAAGGUGAGUAAACUUGAUGUAAAACUUGCUCUAAAUGUGUUUCCUUGGCUCUUCUAAGACUGGGUAAACCUACUUUUUUAUCCAUCACAUAAAUUGCUAUCCUGCAGGGAAUGGUUAAAUUAAUACAAAUGUCAGGAUUGUGUCUUUGAGCAGAACUGAUGUAAUUGUAGUAGAAUGAAAAGGUAAAAGAUAAAAUCAGCAAUUGAGCUAAGUUGCUCGUUUGACUAAAACUUAUCCCAGUAACCAUAGCAUUAACCCUUAAACUCUAAAGAUCUGAUUUUUAAUUCUCCAAUUUAGCUGCUAUACACUUGUUUAUAAAAUUAGUUAUAAGAAUUUGGUGUUAGAUCAAGAUAACUUCUACCUGGUAAGUUUGAGUAUUCUUAUUACCUGUUUGCUGGAUAAUGUAUGGAUAUUGUAAGGAGAAGUUACAUGUUCAUCAUUUCUGGUAGUUAAAGGGUCAAGCAUAUUAGAGUAUUGCUGUACUGAACUUACCCUGGAUGGGAUGUCGCUCUUUACACCGCAGCAGUUCAUCAGGUUUUCCAGACAUUUUGCUAGCAUUCAUACAUUUGGGUGAAGAGAGUUUUGGAGAGGGUAAAAUGUCUAGCCUAAGAACAUAACACAAUGUGCCAGCUGGGUAGUAAACUCAGACCUGUCCAUCUGAAGUUCAGGGUCUCUGACCCAAACCUCUCUCUUUUUUUUCCACCCCACUUAAACUUCCAGUUUUUUUCACUCCACUGCUACUGUCCUGCCAUUGAUUUUACUAUAACACUCCAUUUUUUCUAACUGAACCCCUGGAACAGGCUAACAAUGGUGAUGCUAAGAAAACAGUCAGCUUUAAAAUCAAGUGUCCUUUCUCUUAAAAAUUUUCCAAGUUACUUAAUGUGCUAACCAUCUCGUCUGGUGCCAGAUCUCCCCUUCAGCAUGACAUAAAAAAACAGGUUUGGGGUUCCAGUUCUUAAGACUUGUGGAAAAAAUUUGGUGUUGUAUGUUGCUGUUUUAAAUAGGACAAAAACCAAAUGUACAAAGUCUCUAAAUCCACAAGCUCAGGUACUGUCUUGCUUAUUAAAUCUAUCUCUCCUCUGCAUUCUCAUUGCUGUCAUCUGAUGGUAAAGUCUGUACUCAAGCUUAUUGGCCCACCCAGCUGGAGCUUAACACGGUUUCCAUGUGGCAUGAAGUGACUGGGAGUAUUACCACCCAUCAUGUGGCAUGAAGUGGCUGGGAGUAUUACCCCCCCCCCUUUGAUAGGAUGUUAGUCCCCCACAUUGUUAUUUCCCAGCAUUUUCUCAGGCUCCCUAGGCAAUUUGCUGGUAAUCAUUUACACUCCCAAGUGGAGAGAGGCAUUGUGAGAGUCAAGUGUCUUGUCAAAGAACACAACACAUUGACCCAGCCAGUUCUUGACCUCAGACCUCUCGAUCUGGUGUCAAGUACACUGGCUAUUAUAUUACUGUAUCUCCCUGUGUCAGCUGUUGUGGUGUUCUUAACCCCUUAAGUCUAAUGAGUGACUAAGACGGAAUUUCUCCUUACAAUAUCAAUACAAUAUCAAGCAGACAAGUGGUGAGAAUUGAGAGAAAUAUCAAUCAGGAAAUAAUUAUUGAUCCUGUACUAAAUUCUCUGAAUUAACACCAUAAGAAUUGUGCUGCAGACAGUAAGGAGAAUUACUGAUAAGGAUUAUAGUCUCAAAUUUAAGCCUUGGUUGUCCCCCACCAAUGAAAGAAAAACACAAAUCAAAUUGGAUUAAAUUUGUUUACCCGGUAACUUGAAAUCAUUUCACACCAAAACAUUUAUUGACACUCACAAGCUCAUUACAAGGAUUAUUUUCCUAUGCUUUUGGAGCUAACAAUAGUCAUGAUUUCAUUUACAGCACAUCUAAAGAAGAAACUAGAAGACUACACAAGAAAACUAGGAAAGAUAAAAAUUGUCAGAACUAAUGAAAGGGUUGGACUGAUAAAGGCUCGAUCUAUUGGUGCAAGUAGUGCCAUCGGUGAAGUUGUUCUCUUCCUUGAUGCACACUGUGAGGCUAAUGUGGGCUGGCUCCCUCCUCUGCUUGAAAGGAUAGCCCUAGAUCGAAGAACAGCAGUGUGCCCUACUAUAGACUUCAUAGAUCAUAACACUUUUCAAUACAAGCCUAUGGACCCUUACAUUCGAGGAACCUUCAACUGGAGAUUUGAUUAUAAAGAGAGGCCGGUGCGUCCAGAACAGAUGAAGAAGAGGAAAGAUCCUACACAAGAAGUUAGGUAGGUCAGGGCUUGUUCACAUCCUUGCACCCAUGUAAACUGAAAACUAUUUAAAACGAUUGUGGAGGGUAACUCUGUGAUACAUCCCUUCCAAGGGACCAUUUCUCAAAGGUCCCAGUAUCUCUACAAACCUGAAGUAAUAUUUUGAAUCAAAUUCUAAGGAAAAUAACGCAGAUUUACGCUCAGGAACCAGUAUAAGUAUAACAAAGUAAAAGACUGUUCACCCCGACAAAGGGCUUAUGCUUGAAGCAUUACCUUUGAAACUCUUAACCCUUUAACUCCCAGAUCAAAUUUGUACUUCUCAUUACUGUCAACCAUACAGUUCUUACAAUAUUAGUUCAGAGAAUUUAGUAUUGGAUCAAUUAAUUAUCCCCAAAUUUAUAUUUUUCUUUAUUCUCAUCCCUUAUCUGGUUGAUAUUGUAUUGAUAUUGUUAGGAGAAAUUCUGUCUUGGUCACUCAUGGGAGUUCAGGGGUUAAUAGUGGCCAAUUUACUAUAUCAACUCAGUCAAUAAUAUCAAAUUACUAUUGAGUAAUGGACCCUAAUUGAAUGUAGCAAUAUUCCCUGUUGUUGCACAAUGUGGAAACUGGUGAUGUAGGGCAAGAUGACUGCAUGCCCCACCCUUGCACCCCUUCUACUGCUAGAGUUCAAAAUACAAAUAUUCCUUUCCAGGUCUCCUGUUAUGGCUGGUGGGCUGUUUGCAAUCAACAGAGAGUUUUUCAGUGAGCUAGGACAAUAUGAUCCAGGAAUGUUCAUCUGGGGAGGAGAGCAGUAUGAAUUAUCAUUCAAGGUAUGAUGUUCAAAUGGGAUGCCUUUGGCAGACCACUUUAAAAAUUUGUUUGAGUUUUAUUGUCGUCAGAUAUGGAAAUUUACCUCAUGUUUGUGCUUCUCACUGAAGUUAAGCCCUGUUGGGUGAAGUUACUACUUAUAUGGGUGGGUGUGUUGACUUCUUUUUUUUUUUUUGUUUUUGUUUUUUUUUGUUUGUGUUCUUAUUUUCGAUGUCAUUCCUGUACUUUGAAGAUUCAGCAUCAAAUUUAUUAUUUUCCACUUAAAACCAGAGUGGCUGAAGGUGAAGACCAAUGUAUCCCACAGUAAUGCCUCCAAAAGUCUCGUUAAUUAUAACAUCUUCUUGCUAUGAAAUAUGUACUUACAGUAAAUGUGAUCAACAGUUAGAUUGUUUGCAUCUAAUUGGUUAUAAAGUACAAGUGACUUCUGCCAAUAACAUCCAUGCACUAUUCAGCAAACAGAUAAUGAGAAUACUCAAACUUUAAAAGUAAAAUGUUAUCAUCUUGAUCUAACACCAAAUUCUCAUAACUAAUUUACUAGGAAAUGUGUAGAUCCCAGUUUGGAGAAUUAACAAUUACAUCUUGGAAGUUUAAGGGUUAAAGUAAUGGCAUGAGUUGUGUAUACUAAUCACACUGAGCAGAGGAAGGCAAAGCCAAUGAAAAUCCUACAGGACUUUUAACACCCGUCUGGAAAUGGCUUUGAGGAAGUAGUUAUUAUUAGAACAUGAACCUGCACUUCGUAUGGAGAGACGAAAAUUGGAAGUAGUAUGACAGUUCUUCAACCUUUUUAGCCGUCGAGAGUGCCUACAUGUGGCAUCAACUUUCUUUUCACAGCAUCAUCAGUGAAUAAAACACCAAGGUCGUGAGGAUAACGGAAAUGAUCACCAACUAAAGACGCUCUCGAUUUCCCGACAAAUUCUCCUUUUCAGUAUCGUAGAAAAGUGUGGAAGACAGUAUGGGAAUAUGCAUGUUGAUAUUAGGGAUUUAGGGGAUAAACGGCCAUGUUAUUAAGGUUCACGAUGGAUCUUUGUUUUAUUUCUUAAGCUCUGGCAGUGUGGUGGCCAACUUGAAAACAUUCCUUGUUCCCGAGUGGGACAUGUCUACAGACAUCAUGUCCCCUAUUCAUACCCCAAGGCGGAUGCCACCCUUAUAAACUUUAAGCGCGUUGCAGAAGUCUGGAUGGACGAGUACAAGGAAUGGCUUUAUGACAAGAAGCCCGAACUUAAAAAUGUCGACCCUGGAGAUAUCAGUGAUCGACUUGCCCUGCGGAAAAGGCUCAAAUGUAAAAGUUUCAAGUGGUAUAUGGAGAAUGUGGCAAAUGACACUGUCAGGUCGAUUUAUGAACCUCUCAAGGCUAACGGACCGGUAUGUUACUUGUAAUGUACACUACCAUGUUUUGAAGAAAUACUUUUUUGUUUGUUUUUCCGUUACGUAUCUUUGACCCAAGCUCUAGACAACGAAAAAAAAACCACAGUUCUUCAUUACAUCACCGGGGUUAAAAUUGACCAUCUUUCUUUUUCUAUUAACCAAUACGAAGCCUCCACCCCUGUUAAUCCCAACAGUAUGCGAGACGCGUGUCAUUUAUGAACGUAGUACUGCUUAGCUCACUCUAUGCACAGUGAUAGAGGGUUAGAACGCGGAAUCCGAAGUUCUGAGGUUCCACUUCUUCAUGGCGACUGUUCCUUUUUCGUUAUCACGUUUUAUUACUUUCCUGUUCUAAAAAGCGAUUGAGUAUUGUCGAGCGAUAACCCAAAACAUCGCAACGACCAAUCAGAAGAAAGGAAAAUACCAUUAAGAGCCAAUGAGAACUCAAAGUAAAACCUACCAAACUGCCUAAAGCGCGGGAAAACGCGGGUGACAUAGUCGGGAUUUGCGUCUGAUUGGUUGAGUGAGUGGCGCGAGUAGUUUGGGCCGAUCACAGAGCGAAGUAAAGAAAAACUAAUGCAAUCUCGGAUUAAUUUCGACAUUAAAUUGAAAAUUGCUUUUACAUUCCAUGCAAAUUAGACUUCGAAUGAAGUAAUGUAGCCGAAGUUAUUCAUUGUUGGUCUUGAGGAAUAAAAGUACGGAGAACUCACGUUGCUCAUUUACCAGAAAUCCCGGCAGCAUUGACGUACAGUACAUUAUUUUAGUUGCGAGUUCCACUGAGGAAAAAAAAAGCUUUGUUAUGUUUCAAUACAGUGAUCUAUGAAUUAAAAUUUGAUAAAACGGAAUACUAAGGAGAAACUCAUAGCGAUCCACGAAUGGAAAGUUUUUUCAAAGUUACAUUUCCUUGUGUCGUGAAUCUUGUUUACUUUUAACUCCUCACUUAUUACCUUACCACUCAAGGACCAUCCCAGUCAAGUGGUUUGUGGCACUGUUAAUUCUAAGUGUUAAAAGUGGGAUUUAUUGAUUUAUCAAUUAGUCAAUGUAUUUGUUAAAGGUUAUUUACCUCUCUGCAGAUUCGAAACCCAAGCACCAAUCUUUGCCUGGACUCUAUGGGACGGAAAGCUGGAGGGGAGCUAGGACUAGUAACUUGCCACGGCAUGAUGGGAAACCAGGUGAAUGUCUAUUAGUGGAGAAGGGGGGGUGGGUGGUCAAAAAAAAAAAAACGGGAGUCGUAAGGAGAUAUCAAUUUGAAACUGGGAGUUUAAACUCCUACCAUACGACAUUUUUGAAGAAGAGCUUUCACAAAUGUACAGUACUGCCACAAAAUGCUGAAAUACGAUGCCUUCAUUCGUCGAAUUAUCUCACGCCACUUCGCUUUGAGUUUGUUUUAAAACAUAAUUUCAUAGCGAUACAUUUAUUGACAAAUAUAGCGUAACCUCUGCUUUGCAGCACCUCCAUUCAGCGAACACAAACUUUGGUUCAGGAAAAAUGUUCAUAUAGUCUUUGUAUCUAAUUUAAGAGAUCUUCGCAGCUAAGAACGCUACUGAAACGAGUAGUUGAAAAUAGGACCUGAAAAAAUUUAGGCCCGUACGGGAUUUAAACCCAUGACCUCUGCGAUACCGUUGCAGAGGUCAUGGGUUUGAUACUUUGAUACUUAAUGUCAAUUAUGUCUUUGUUUUGACCAGGCUUUCCAAUAUACAUUUCUGGAUGAAUUCCGACAAGAUGAAGCGUGUUUAGAUGUAAGCCAAGGUCACAGUGGAGCCAAGAUAACACUUUAUGGCUGCCACGAACUGAAGGGAAACCAGGAGUUUAAAUACACCAAGGUAACGAGGGAUGAAAUUAAUGAUAAUCACAGUCUCUAUCGUCUACGGUGUAAGGAGGUUAAGUCCCGUCACUCAUAUGUAUGCACUGGACGCCUCCAUGAAAAUAAAUGAAGCCAGUUAUUUCAUACGCUAUGACACAGUCUCAUUCCUUGGAAUUAUCUUGCGCUAAGCAUCUAUUUGCUGUAGUUCGCUCGCUCGCUCGGUUUUUUUGUUUUGCUAUUGCGUUUCCAUUGAAUUUACUGGGAUUACCUUGCAGUCAGCUUUUGAGUUUAUUUUAAUUUACGGUAAAGACUUCUAUUAGAUCUCUCGGUUAGUUCGUGCGCUGUGAUUGGUCGAUUUAGCGGGCCGUAUUUCACUGUACGGCCCGCUUUAUUCAAAAGUUUGUUUAAAUUGAAAUCUUGGUCCUCUAUUUGAACCCAGAGAUGUAAUAAAUAUCUUACUAACCCCUCGUAUUCUUGGUCCGUACUGUAAGUUACGGUGCCCCGUUUUUUUUUCGCCCUGUCCGUAUGUUCAGUACGGAGCGAAAACCUGUUUAAUAAGGAGAGGUAUAUCUCUCCUUGGUAACGUCUUAAAGUUCACGAUUUUGCAGUGUGUAGCCUGCAAAGCAGGUGUCGUAUUAGGGCAAGUGAACCUUAAGAAGCUCGCGAUCGUUUUUUCAACGUGUUUGAUUUGGAGGUAGAGGCAGCGGCAGGGGGGAAGGGGGGAAGGCCCACCCCACUCCCCUCCUUAUUGUUGACCGUCGCUCGCCCCCAUGAUACAAAUUUAUUACUCUCCCCAGUCUACCGCUGCUGUUAUAAUCAAAGAUGGCGACCAUAAUUGUCGCCAAGAAAAUACUGAGCACUCGCUCGCCAAAAUUACGUCUGGUCUGCAGGUUAUGCAGCGUGCAGCUCAAUGGUGUGGCAGUCGCAUAUGGCUGGACAUGCAUGUGUACUGUCUCUAACAGCACCACAUCUUUACCUCAGUAUAAGGCAUGUGAGCAUCGUUUAUUUCUGUUUAGAAACUCAAAUAAUUUGCCUUCGGGGGUUCCGUUCUCCAGGUCACGCCAAUCUUAGUGAUUUCACGUUGUUGUUCUGCAGAGGACGACUAAGAAACUUACAAAGGUUCAGUAUGCACGUGCUGAGCUAUUGUUCUGCCCAUUAGAUCUUUCUGUAAUAUUUUGCUGUUUCUGUGUCUUUCGCAGGAAAAUAAAUUACUCCAUGUGAUUACCAACAACUGCGUGACAGCGACCAGCAAAGGUUAUCCAGUUAUGGAACGUUGUGAUAACAUUCCAGAGCAGAUAUGGGAAAUUCAACUGAACGAUCUCUCUAAACUUACUACUAAAAGACCUCCUUAGGUGAUCAAGUGAAUGGUUUGAUAUUAGAAUAUUAGAGUUUGGUAAUAUUUUUAAGGUGGAGGAAAUAGUAAUAAUUAUACUUUAGAGUGAUUUCCGCGUCCUAACGUCAAUUUUGCGCAAUUGAAUGGGUAGAAAUGAAAUAGGAAAUUAAAUUUUUUUUUUCAUAAAAAAAACACGAUUAGAGAAAAAUUCUUAUGUCCUCGUCUACUAAAUUGUUUGAUAAAAAAUUUUAGAAUGCACGAUUGGGUUGGUAAGGUGUAUUAACAGCUUAUUAUAUUUGUUAUUAUCGCAUGACCCGUAGGCGCUGCACGCCUAGUGAAAGCCGACGUGUGUAGGGCCGGACCGGUUGACGUGAGCUGGUCCCGAAAAAGCCGUCCGGCCCUGCAAUCACACGGCUUUGGUGCAAAAACUUUAAAAAAAGAGAAAGAGAGAAAAAAGUUGCGUUUUUUGAUGAAUUGUUAGUUUCUUGCU